UGUUGUGGGGGGGGCAGGGUCUGGAGUGUGCUUCUGCUUUUCACAGGUCAAGAGCUGUGCAUUUUGAAUAGCCGAGUAUCAUUUGCGAAAACCCUGUUCCAAAGCUGGGAGGUCCAUCUUGGCCAGGGUUUCCCCUCCCCGUCUUGCCAGCCAGUGGCCUGCUCCAUCCUAGGGCUUGCGGAAUAAUUGACAGCUCAACAGCUGACUUUUGAAUAUGCUGCUGCUGCUGCUGCUGCUCCUCCUCCCCCUGUUGGACUUUUUCAACAGGUUUGGCUGGUGCAUAACUUGAAUAGCUGAACUGCUUUUUAUCCCGGCCCCUUUGCCCCAAGGGGGAGGAUUAAGUCUCCUCCUGGGCCUUUGGUUCGCUGCUGCUCUUUCUUGCUUCCGCUACCUGGUGACACACACACACCUGCCUUCCGGCAUCUCCAACAGAGGCCCUGCCUUUCCCUUGGCAGGUUGCAAGUCCUUCUUCGAUCUCCGUAUCUUUCUGUGCCUUGACCUCCUCCUCCUCACACACACCCCCUUUGAGCCAAGCUGGCAUGGCUUGCUGGCACCCGGGCGUCCGUUUUUCUUCCAGCCUGACCAUCUGUCUGCUUUCCCUGCUGGCCCCAUUAUUCCCUGUUCUAUCUUCAUACCCUCUGGCUGCACUUGUUGGGGAUUCUGUUUCUCUCCCCAUUCCAUUCUCUUUCCCCUCUGCUCAGAUCCAAAUCACUAUCAUCUGGAGAAGGAAUGCAACCAACGUGGCAAUAGGAAACCUGCGCCCUAAUUUUACAGUGACGGUAGAUCCCAGCUUCGAGUCUCGGUUCAGCGUGGACCCCAUACGUGGCAACCUCAAUAUUUCUGACCUGCAGACCACAGACUCUGGCAUCUAUUCAGUGGAGAUCUUCCUCUUGGGGGGGUUUGCCCAGAAGGGAAACAUCACUCUUACAGUUUAUGAGGAGGUGGGCAACAUCUCUGUGGUUCCAUCAUCUGCAAAAGUGAUCGAAGGAAGCAGUUCAGUGGCCUUCAACUGCACCCCUGUCCACGGUUUCGUCUUCUGGACCAAGGAUGGUCACAGCCUGGCUGAUAAUCCCCGAUAUUUACGUUCAUCUGGUUACCUGCAAAUUAGAAACCCUCUACGGACUGACGCUGGUGUCUACUCAUGUACCAUCUCCAACCCUUUCGGCAGCGCCACUAGUACUGCCAACCUGACUGUCUAUUAUGGUCCCGAGACCCCAACAAUUACCGUCUCAUCCUCUGAGCAGGAUUCCGAUGCUAGAAACUUUGUGCUGGUGAACAGCACUGUCAACCUCACAUGUUUGGCACCCUCCGACCCCCCGGCAAAGAUCUACUGGAAUGUGGCUGACAAUAUGGAUCCCUUCGUCCCUUCCUCACCUGUUCUGCAGCUCCACAGAGUGCAGCUGAAUCAGGGAGGGCCGUAUACUUGCCUGGCUAUCAAUCAAGAGACGGGGCUACAAAUUCGUAAAACCCGCCUUAUCAACGUUGUCCAAGCUCCUUGGGGAUCUCCUCAUUGUUCCGUGACUUCGGUGCAAAAUGAUUCUGCCUUACUUUUCGUCUGCUCCUGGACUGGAGGUUCACCUGCUCCGAAUCUCACUUUCCAGGGACUCCCUGGAGACAAGGCGGAGAUCAGUGCCUCCAAACUGCAGACCUUGCUGGGGUCCCCUUUCCCCGCUGGGUUCAGUGGCACGAAGGUUACUUGCUUGGGUCAUCACUUAACUGGGCAAGGCAACUGCACCUUGAUUCCAGAAGCCCCCUCAGGGGUUACAUUGUCAUUCCAGGCAUCCAGUGACCCCAGAGGGCUAGUGACUAUGCAGAUGCAUUGCCAAGGCACCUUCAAUCCGGUGGAAAUUAAAUGGUUUAGAGAUAAGCAGUCAUUGAUUCCUGUCGGAGGCCAUUAUCAGCUAAGUCCUGACAGAAUGCAUCUCACCAUCUGGAAUUUCACUGCUCCCCAGGAUCUGGGAGAUUACAGCACCAUCUGCUCCAAUCCGCUGGGAUCACAGCAAUCUAACCUCAUUAUUAUUGGCCCCUCAAUCUCUGACUGGACUUUGUCAAGUGGACCCCAUCCAGGCACUGCCUCCCUGACUUGGACAGUCCCAGACGGGUCAGCGGUGACCAGUUUUUUGAUUCAGAUGCAAGAUCCAAAACAGCACCGCUCUGCUGAGGAAUGGACUACAGUGGAAGUACUAGGAGCUACCAACCGAUCCACAACUGUUAUAGGAUUGCAGCCCCAAACAGCUUAUGCUUUCCAGAUCGUGCCUUAUCUGGGAUCCCAAGCUGGGAAUGCCACUGAAAUUCUCACCCUCCGACCAGAUUCGUAUCUGUCUGGUGGGGCCAUUGCUGGGAUUGUGAUUGGAUGCAUUUUGGGGGGGCUCCUGAUCAUUGCGCUCCUGUUCUUGGGGGUCUGGCUGAUCUGCCUUCGGAGAGCAAAGAAGAAAGCUCCACCAACCCCACCAGAGACUCAACACCACUAUCUAUCACGCCAGUUCCCAAAUGGGAGGAAGGUUGAGCCAAGUGACUCUUCUUCGGACAAUCCUCGAUGGUCAGCAGGAGACUCAUACAUCUAUGCCAUCACCUAUGAGGAACAUCUGCCCAGAUAUCUUGGCCCAACCAUCUCGCCUAUUGGUAUCAGGGAAGGCACUUUCUCUUCCCCAACUGUGCAACCUGGGACCAGGACGGUGCGGAAUGCUACCCAGGUCUGAAAUGAUGAAAAUCACAGUCAGCCAGACUUGAUCGCUAAAAUGGGACUUGUGAAGAAGACACCCAACUGGCUUUGGUCACUAAAAUGAGACUUGUGAAGAUGAUACCCAGCUGGGUUUUGGUCACAGAAAUGGAACUUGUGAAGAUGACAAUCAGCCACUUAUGGUCACUAAAACAGGACUUGUGAAGAUCACACCCAGCUGGCUAUGGGACUUGUGAAGAUGGCACCCAGCUGGUUGUGGUCACUAAAAUGGAACUUGUGAAGAUGACACCCAGCCAAAUAUAGUCAUUGAACUGGGGUGCUGAGAUCCUGAAAUGUAUUUGUGCCUUCUUCUCGUAGCUUGCUUAGAAACCGACAGAUGGAUCUCAUCAGUAUGAGACAUGAACUUCAACAUUGUUGGCUAGAAAUCUCCCUCAUCUAGGUAAGAACCAGCAACCUAGUCCUCCAAGAAGCUAUAUUCUGCACCAUCAAAAUUUAGACAAUUAUUUUUUGGGAUACUGAGAUUUCCGAUACUGAGAUUUGGAGCAGAGCACACCACAAUGCAACUUGAUUUGCUGGCCUCCAAUAAGUCUUCUAGAGAGCUGCUGAAGGGAUGGCAUGUUAGAAUCCCCAAGCUCGCUUUGCAGCCAAGGACAACGGACAAUGUAAGAGAGACCAUAGAUCUUGUGCUUGGAUAGAGUAGCAGGUAGGGAAGGAUAUGACUACAGUUGGAUUGAGAUGAGCCUUACUUUUCCAAAACUGUUUUAACACACGAAGCUGCUUAUAUUCUGAGGCUGCACACCUGCCAAAGCCCUCCAUUCUGUUAUCAAAAGCUCAGCAUUGGAGUCUUGCCCAGUUUCUGUCUUGGACUCCAGUCAACAUCCCCUGCUUGGAUACAAAGGGAAACGAUGGUGCUUUUAGAGCAGAACAAGGUAUAUCUUCCUG